GUUGUUUAUGUCGCCUGACCACCGGAAGCUGUGCGAGCUGUGUCGCUGCAGCGUUGCGCUUUCCUGUUUACGAGCGGGAAUAGCGAACGGAGCUACACCGUGGAGACUUCAGGGUUUAUAACCGUCUGCACGUUUGUUGUUAGCCGUUUUCCAGUGCUGCGGUCUGCAUGUUUUAAUGAACCACCGGGCGCUGUGGGGAGUUGUAGAAACGUCGUAGGCGGAGCGCUGGUGAACACGAGAGGUGUUUUUGGAGCGGAGCGGGACAGAUGGAAGAUCCUCCUGCAGAUUCUAGCGGCAGCGAUGCAGCAGCCGCAGCGGAGGGCCCCGCGGUGCAGGUGGCUGACAUGCGCUGGCCAAGCGGAGCUCUUCCGCUCCGGCUCCUUGAGUGGAAGGUCAAGCCAGGGACUCUCGUUAACGUCGAUUCGGUUCUUGCUUUAUGCACUCUCAUAGUUCAGGACAAGGAGACGGAGGCUGCUGCUAGGCUGCCAGAGAAGAAGGUGAAAUCCGACCGUGCUGGAGUGGUGAAGGAGCUGUGCUGUCAGCCUGGACAAAUCAUUCCUCCCGGUGGCGUCAUUGUCAGAGUCGAAGAAUGCAGCCAUCCCAUAGUGAUGAAGGGUUUAUGCGCAGAGUGUGGCCAGGAUCUAACUCAGCUCCAGGGGACUAAUGGGAACCAACAUAGUCCCAUCUCCACAGCAACGGUCUCCAUGGUGCACAGUGUCCCUGAACUGAUGGUCAGCUCGGAGCAAGCCAAACAGCUGGCCCGAGAAGACCAGCACAGACUGCACCGGAACAAAAAGCUGGUCCUGAUGGUGGAUCUGGACCAGACACUGAUCCACACCACCGAGCAGCACUGCCAACGCAUGUCCAAUAAGGGUAUUUUCCACUUCCAGCUCGGUCGGGGCGAGCCCAUGCUCCACACGCGGCUACGGCCGCACUGUAAGGAAUUCCUGGAGAAAACCGCCAAGCUCUACGAGCUGCACGUCUUCACAUUCGGAAGCCGCCUGUAUGCACACACCAUCGCUGGCUUCUUGGAUCCUGAAAAGAAACUGUUUUCCCACAGAAUCCUUUCUAGAGAUGAAUGCAUAGAUCCGUUCUCCAAGACGGGGAAUCUUAGGAACCUGUUCCCUUGCGGAGAUUCCAUGGUCUGCAUCAUCGACGACCGGGAAGACGUCUGGAAGUUUGCGCCGAACCUCAUCACUGUGAAGAAAUACAUCUACUUCCAGGGCACCGGAGACAUCAACGCUCCGCCAGGAUCACGGGAAGCUCAGACGGCCAGGAAAGCAGGAGGCCCUUCGAGUCGACCGACAGAGAGCACAGAACAAGUAGAGGCGAUUGGUUCUGAUGAGCAAAAUAAUGGCCUCAGGAAACGGUCAAACGAGCCAGGUGUUUCAGGAAAGGAAGAGCUUUUAUUACCUCAGUCUUCUCAGGAAGAAGCUCCCAGUGAAAGGACACAUGGUGUGGAGGGUGAGGCGGGACAGAGUCAGAUUUCAGAACCUGGUCAGACAGUUUCAGAGCCAGGGCAGAAAUCAAAGGACACUCAGGUGAAUGAUAAAAAAGAUGAUGGUAACAGGACAGAAGAGGCACAGGGAGGUGCGAACUCAUCAGCACCGAGCCACGAGUCCAAUAACUUGGAUUUUGACCUUUCUAGUGACAGCGACAGUGACUCGGUUACAGAAAAGCCUUCCCCACCAGGCUGUGGGAGUCAAAGCAGGUCUCAUACAACAAAGGAAUCUAAACAGGAAGGGGAUGCACAUGAGCCCUCUGAUGAGGACGGGACAAAGGAUGGGGAUAGUAAAGAUUCUGGUGAAGUUGAAAACAGCUCGGACUCAGCAGAACAUUCAGGCGUUGUCCUGCCCGACCCCGAGCUGGGAAAUGGCUGUUUGGAGAGGAGAGAGCCGGAAACCGAGUCCCAGAACAGCGAACAGUCGGGUGUCACAGUGGGUGAGGAGCUGCUGGACCAGAGCAUGGAAGACGAGGAGGAAGAGGAAGCUGACAACGACCAGGACGAUCACCUCAUCUACCUGGAGGAAGUGCUGCAAAGAAUCCACGCAGAGUACUUCGCCCGCUACGACACCUACCUGAGGAAGGAGACAUUGGAAAUGCCGGACAUCCGCAAGAUUGUUCCAGAGCUGAAGAGCAAGACACUAGAGGGCACGACAGUCGUGUUCAGCGGGCUGUACCCCACCAACUACCCCAUGGAGAGGACCAGGGAGUUCUACCACGCCAAAGCCCUGGGGGCCAAAAUCGGCAAGAGUUUGAUUCUCAACUCUCAGGACCCCAAUCGGACCUCACAUCUGGUUGCAGCGAGGGCAGGAACGGAGAAGGUACGGCAGGCGCAAGGCUGCAAGCACCUCCAUGUGGUCAACCCCGACUGGCUGUGGAGCUGUCUGGAGCGCUGGGAGCGGGUGGAAGAGCAGCUGUACCCGCUGAAGGAGGAUUACUCCAGGACUCCACGGAGCAACAGCCCAGCCGCUCUUCUCGACAGUCAGAGCUACCUGCAGAAAGUUGUUUUCCAGCCCGCUCCCGUCCACCCCAGACCUCGAGGCACGGCUCCAGAGGUACGGACCUAUGACCCUGUCACAGGAAGGCUCAUCCGCAGGGGCCCUCAGAUGGGGCGUCCAGCAGCCUACCUCCAGCCGUCAGGAACCCACUCUGAGCGCAAGGAGCAGUCUGGUCUCAGGGAAGCUGCACAGAGCCAGCAAAAUGAGGCGUCGGGAUCCAGCCGAGAUGACGAGCAGCCGGGACCUUCCCGCAGGAAACGACAGCUGAGCAUGUCAGAAUCGAUGCCUCUGUACACGCUUUGCAAGGAGGAUCUAGAUAGCAUGGACAAAGAGGUGGACGACAUCUUAGGAGAGGAGAGCGACAACGAGAGCGAGGGCCAAGGGAAGGAGAAGCCGGGGAACGAGGACAUUGCUGAGGAAGAGGAGCAGCAGCCAGGAGAUCGAGAGCCUACAGCGCAAAGACCUGGCCCCAAGGCAGACAGUGUGGAGGAGAGACUUCAGACGCCACCCAGUGAUUCCAGUGUGUCCCAGAAUGCCCCAAGGGGCCACAAACGGAAGCAUGACGAAGCCAGAGAGGAGGAGGAGGACGCUGACAAGGAGGACACGGAGAACAAGCAGGACGGCCAGGACUCUGCCAACGAGUCCUCUAAGGACUCCAAUGAGGAAGAGGAAGGCAACAGCUCGGAAGCGGACGAGAUGGUCGCCGCCUUGGAGGCGGAGCUAAAUGAUUUUAUGUGACGAGGAAACCAAAGCUCGAUGAUUAUUAGAGACAACUAAAAGACAGCCCUUGCCGACGUCACACGUGGUACCUAAACAUCAUUUUUCCCUUCGGAGUUGGUGAAUGCGUGUUGUAUUAAAACCUGAAUGUCUUGUACAGAACCAGCGCCUUUCUGCGUCAGUAAAGGCUUGGACUUUUGUAGUACUGCUAUAUAAAGAGAGAUAUGAAUAUAAAUUGCCUUUUUUUGGCAUAAAUCAUUUGAUGUUAACAUUUUAUUGUGACGUAAAAAACUCUAGGAAACAUGACAUUUGAUAUUUUUUGUGUUGUUUUUCUAUUUGAAUUUUUAUAUCAAUGAAAAGAUAAAUAAAAAACACAAGUGUAUAUUUUGCUGACGGUUGUUGCCAAAGAGUUUAAAAUAGGUUUGCAAAGUUGUGCAGCUAAAACUUUUACUCUCAACUUCCACUUUUUAAGGGUUUUUUUGGUCUCCUCAGCAGGUUUUUAGGGUCAACUCAAGUAGUUUAUCCAGACAUUUGAAUGUGUUUCUUCCAUCAUUUUUGUUGUUUGUACAUUUUGUAAACGUUUGUGCAAACAGAAGAUCUUCAGUUAAUGAUAAAAUAAAGAUAGCAUCCCAGUGCCAAAAAGUGAAUCCAACUCUGCCAAUUCUGAUUCUGAUUUGUUGUGGGAAUCGGGACACAUGGUGGAGGUAGGAAUUUUGAAUUCAACAGAAAAUUUUUAAAUUAACAGAUUGUCCACAACCUUUAUGUGAUUUUUACUAAACUCAAAAACUGCAUGAAAGCAAGUUGUUGGUAGAUGUGCUAAUUAGCCAAAAUUGGUGGAAGUUCUUAGUUUUGAUGCUUUUAGGGGAAGGAAUUCAGAUAUUUUAGUGUCUGACCCGCUAUCUCAAAUCACAGCCAAUCACAGGAACGUUGGGCGAUUGAUUGGUUAACCUCCAGAAAAAAAACCUUUGCCCUCUCCUCUGCUUGUGUUUAAACUUGGAGUUCUCAGAGUUGUCGGACUCAGUUUUGCCUGUGCUGCGGUCUACACAUUACAGAACAGUCUAACAUGGAAUAAUAUAGCAUUCUGUGCCCAUUUCUUGCAGAAACAAAAAAAAAAAUACACAGUUUUCUUUUACUAUCUGGAACGUACUGGUGAACUAUCAUGAGUCAAGACAAGGUACUAGCAUUUUUCACAAGCAGUUUCUUUGUUUUUACUACAAAUGUACCGAUCGGGCUUUUCCUGGACAAUACUGACUACCGGUUUUCUUUAAAGUCUGAUGUGCUGAUUUUCUAUUUUGACUUGACAAGAACUAUAAAGAUAAAAAUGUGCCACAUGUAGUUGAUAAAGUGAUUACAAUAAUAUCAGUUUUUUUUUCUUAUUUAAAAAUGUCAAAGUAGAUGUUGGUUUAUAAACCAAAACUGUUGGGAUUCCUAAGUGUUUAGUUUCACAAACAAAAAAAGAAAGAUUUUUCCAAAUUUGACCGACAAAUUACCAAUCAUAGCUGAUCAGGAGAAUAUUGGCUGAUUCCAACCUCUGGCUGAUUGAUUGUUGCAUCUCUAGACAGAAUGUUGUGUCUAAAUUAGAAGUUUUUAGACUGAAUCGAAAACUCUCAGUUUUGCCUGGUUUGUGAAUUACAGAUCUUAGAAUAUUUUAAAACCUACCAUUCAACAACACUUUUUUUUUUUCAUCUAGGAAUAAAACUAGUUGUACAUACAAAGAAAGUACCGGUUUUAAGUAAAACUACCAACGUACCCAUUUCAUUCUAACUAACUUGUAGUAAGUGAACUAUGAUCAGUCAAAUCAAGGCACAGGCAUUUUACUUGUAAGAAAUAAAAUGAUGUCUCUGAAAUUUAUUGAGGCAGUUUUUUGUAUAAAAUGCAAACCUUUGGUUUUCUUUUGUGUGCAUAAAAUAAUCUGCAGACUUCUAAAUUAGAGUUGCUGAUUGAUAGGGUUUUGUUCCACUAAUGUUCUCCAGAGCAAGUCCGGCCCCAUUUUCAAGCUAAUUAGCUGUCCGAAAUGCUCAGAAUUACUCAACAAAAAAAGCAUAAAAACGUGUGGAUUCACUUUGAAUUUGUCAAACCGUCCAAAGACGCCACACAGAGGUGGAAAUGUUUGUGCUCAUCUGAAACAUCCACCUUCUGCAUAUCGUGGGCUUUUAGAUCUCUUGUCCUUCCCAAUGUUCAGGCUGCCUCUUCCUCUACUCUCCACAAUGAACAUCAGAUAUGAAACUGGAGCAUGUCCCCCCUCAAUGAUUGGAUAAAUGUUAUUUUAUUAUUUUAUAACCUCAGCGCCCUUGGUAUAGUACUUGACUUUGCAUCGUUGUGAUGUUUCUACAGAAACCCCUACUGUGUUUAUUAAAUCUCAUUUUUCAGUAGAGUUUUACUCCUGCUCUUCUCCCAGGAAACUAAAACAUGAGCAACCAGCACUGAGAAAGGGAGGAUUUCACCAGCCUUUCACCUUUAGUGGUGUAAUCCAGCAUCAACCAUGAUGAAAAGUCUUGCUGUGUAACAGACCUAACGGUGCAUUAAUGGUGGCUAAUAUUUACCUUUGAUUUAGCUUGUUUGAAAGCAAACCCACAGCUCUGGUACUUUUUCUCUAAUUCUUUUGACUCGUCUUAAACUCGCCAGCUUUCCUGUUUGAGCUGCAGAGCUAAACCACUGUAAUUAUUGUCUGAAGGCUGAUGUUUCUGUGUGAUUUGUGUUCAGUGACUGUUUUGCCAUCAGUCUUUUCUCUUGCUACACCCACAUGUUCUCCUUUAUUUCCUUUCACUGUGUUUCUGUGCUAUGGUUGUGAUUUUAUCAACAGGUUUUCAUCAAACGGAUAUCAUGAAAGGUAUUUGUAAAGUCUAUUUCCUACCUGACCCUGAGGAGGGGAAAAAAGACACUUUUAUUAAAGAAAGAUGUUUCUGGAGAAA